CAUAAAGUGGUCGAGAGUACGGUGUUGUUUAUACCUUGUCAAUCUGAGAGGAAUACCGAAACGUGUCCGAUAUUAAUAGGACAUUUAUAAAUAUUGUUUUUAUCUGGACGUUUAACAGCUUAUAACAAGAAUGGUGCUUCUAUUUUUUCAUGAUAAAAUUAAGAUGGAAUCCCGUGAUCAUUCUCCGGAUGUUAAACGGGAGACCGAUAUGGAGGGAACUAGCAGCGACGACGAUACUGACAAUGUUAACGUUGACAUGGAAUCUAAUGUGUUGAGAGUGACAAACUUUUCUAUCGAAGAAAUCCUCAAACCAGACUUUGGAGUGAAAAAGACACUUGACAUAAACAUGUCGUCAGCGUUUUCCGCAUUUACACCUGUCCGUCACCAGGAAAAGCUUCUUCCGAGGUGUUCUUCCGCCUCAUCGUCAAUAUCUUCAUCGUCAUCUUCUCCUCGUUCCUGUGGAAGUGUCCCGUCCUCCCCGGAGAGUUCUGGCCAACCCCCCAAAUCCCCGGACAGCGAGUCUCGUCCUUCCCUGUGGCCUGCCUGGGUGUAUUGUACCCGAUAUUCGGACCGACCCUCAUCAGGACCAAGAUCGAGAAAAAUUCGGAAGAGCAAGGAAAAGACGGUAGAUGAAAAGAGACCCCGAACGGCCUUUACGAACGACCAAUUACAACGACUGAAGCGCGAAUUUGAAGAAUGCCGGUAUCUGACGGAGCAGAGGCGACUGGAUCUCGCGCAGGAGCUCAACCUGACAGAAGCUCAAAUUAAAAUUUGGUUCCAGAACAAGCGAGCAAAGAUAAAAAAAUCGGCGGCACCCAGAAACACUCUCGCUCUCAGCCUGAUGGCACAGGGCCUCUACAACCACUCGACGGUCUCCUGUAUCAAGGACGAAGAGACGUAAUACAUAGUGGGGAGUUGUUUCAGGAUCUUAACUUUAUUAUUGAAUGACUUUGUUUUGAAUGACUCUUGUUGAAUUUGCCGAAGAAUCGUUGUCUUGUGUUAUGUUGACGACUUUUACCGAAGAAUAGUGAUGUCGUCAUGAUGUUGUCAAUGGCGACAAUUCUUUUGGAUUCGGAUCAUCGAACAAUGAACACUGUGGACAAUUUGUGCUACUUAGGGAGUCUAGUCGAAUGUAAAUCCAUAUAUAAACUUAUUAUGAUCGUAGUUUUUCAUCGAAAUGAAAACUGAUAUUUUCAUUUUUGAAAGAAUUCAUGAUAGAGAGAAGGAGAUAUAAAUAUUGUAAGCAUGUGGUUAUGUAUUGUCUUCUGCGAAGACAAACUUUGUGAAGGAAUUCUGUUACAGUAAAACCUCGAUAUAAUGACAUCGUUUGUACAGCGAAAUUUCGGCGUUGUCAAGUUGUUUGGCGAAAUAUUGACUAAGUGAUGAAGAUUCAUAAAAGAGAAUUGCCAAGAAAAAAGAAAAAUGUUGACUUGAGAUAUAUUUUUAGUCGUUUUGAUGGAAAAUAAAACGAAGGGCAUUAUAUCGAGGGUUUACUGUAUUCAGUCAGUCGAACUAGCGAUUCAACAGUAGUUAAAUGUCGGACAUGUAUCGAGCAUGGCGUUUCUGUGCUAUUAUCAUCUCUGUAAACAGAUCACCGCUUUCAAAACUAUUCCAGAUACGUCGCCAUUGGUAUGAGCGGUAAUACCUCUACCCGACUGGACUUUAAAGCGCCGGCCCGGUUUCUUGCCUGGAGUGUUAGGUCCGCUCCGUGGUGUAAUCAAUCAUUGCUCCGCUAAAAUUGACAGAUCCCCUCAAUCAAGCAUGAUGGCAAUUGGCCUUGUAACGAUCCGGAUGUCCAAAGUUGUUUAAUCAGUUUGAAUUCAACAAUACUAAAAUGUUUACUUUAAAAGUUCUUUUUAAUACAUUUAUACUUUUUUUUUUUAAGAAAAAGGUGUCUCGAGGCAUGUAGAGAUCUGUAUGAUAUAUACUAAUGACUUGACAAUAUUCACACAAGACACCAAGUCCCGGUGGUAGAAACAAAGGAUUGAUAUUUUAGCAUAGCCAUUUGAUUAUUUUUUUGCACUACGUCAUGCACGAGGUUGCAACGGAUCUUUUACUAUGUUUGACUUCGCUUGAAAUUUGGGUUGCUAAAUAUUUCAAAUUGUACCCGCUUCUAACGAAACGAACCCGAAAUAAAAUUGAUAAAGAUAUUAUUGAAGUCUCUCAUUGAGAAACGUUUAUAUCAAGAGCUGUAUUUCAUUGUUUGGUCUUUUUGGUGGCUUUCAAAAGAACUAUAUCGUUUACAAGCGCUAAUAAAAUAAAUAAUAAUUCAACGGAGGUAAUUGAGCAGACAACAUUCGGAAGUUCAAACAUACUUUUUGCUAAAGAAAAAAAAUCUUUUUAAAUUUCUCAUUUUUUUGCUGUGAAUUCGACACUACCUAAACAAAGGAACUGUUAUUACAAACGAAAGUAAAUCCGCUUUCAAUGAAACAACGCUAAAAUGAAAUUUUCGAUUAAACGAAAGCUCUGAAUAUCAUACA